AUGGUUGGAACUGAGAAUCUUCCCAGUGAUAUCUUAGAAGACAUACUUUCUCGAUUACCUUUUGAGGUAACUUUACAUGCCAAACAUGUAUGCACAACUUGGAGAGCAAUCCUCCGUAAUAAAACUGAAAAGCUAGGUUUCCUUUUCGCUCAUUAUGUUGACCAUCAUCAAAAUGGCUCUAAGCUAAAACAACUUUUCUAUGAAGAUGAGUAUGAUCAUGAUGAUCAUUCAAAGACGUUGAACUACUACUCUGACAACUUUAUUCCGGAGAUGGAACACAACAGAUUUAUUGCGGAAUCAGUCCCAAAGAAAGUCAUGGUUGUGUCUUGCAAUGGUUUGGUUUGUUUUGGAAAAUAUUAUGAAGAUUGUUCUCUAUUUCCUUUAUAUCCUCCUUUUCUGAUCUGCAACCCGUUUAAUGGAGAAUCUGUCUGUCUUCCGGAAUUUAAUUACUCUGAAUUGCCUCGGGAUAUAUCAAGUCUCUAUGGUCGUUUAGCAAGUGGGUUUGGCUAUUGCCCUUCAACUAGCAAAUACAAAGUUGUUGCCAUAUUUUAUUGUAAAGAGGAACGGGAUGGAGGAUAUGUUCACGUAUAUACUCUUAGCGGUGGGUGGAGAAACAUCGGAUUCACUGACCGAUGCGCGUUCAAUUAUUCAUCAGGUAUCUACGCAAAUGGAGCACUUUUCUGGUUGGACCAAAGUAGUACUCGUAGAGUACAAGAAAGUGAGAUUGUGGCCUUUGAUUUGGAAGGUGAGAAGUUCCAUUACAUCGCAUUGCCACGUUCUAAAGAUUUAGAGUACAUAGAUAAUUACAGUUUUCUCACUCAAGUUGCUUGGAGGGAAUAA